AUGGGACCAGUGACGUCUUCAAGUUGUGGCAAUUUUCUCUUUGGAGGUGCCAUGUCGGGCAAAGUUUAUGUAUGGGACGUCAAGACAGGAGAAUUGGUGACGGUGUUUGAUGCACAUUACAAGCGCGUGUCAGCCUUGGUACUAACGUCAGAUGAUUCACACUUGAUUACAGCUGGUGAAGAUGCUCUGGUGCAUGUAUGGAGACUAGUAGAUUUGUUGGAUGAACCAAAUACUGCUUCAAGCUUUCAACAAGGUGUGACACCUAUUGUGAGCUUUACAGACCACGUACUGCCUGUUACUUCGCUACAUGUUGGAUUGGGUGGCGUGAAUGCCCGCAUUUAUACAUCUUCACUGGACCGCACCUGUAAGAUCUGGUCGAUCACUUCGUCCCAGUGUCUAUACAGCGUGUCUUGCCCAUCCUACGUCAAUGCUUGCGUUGCAGACCCUAUGGAGCAUCGGCUAUUCAUGGGCUGCGGCAAUGGCCGAAUCUACGCAUUGGACUUGAACGCGGCUGCAGCUUCUGUCACUGCUGCGUCUGCACGCGUUGCCAGUGCUUCGACAGGUCUGUCGUCUGGUAUCGGCAACAACAUUUUGCCGUGGAGCCCUGAUGCUCUAUUGCCCCAUUCAUUUGAUGGUCAUGAAAGCAGUGUCAUCACGUUGCGAGUUCAUGCCAGUGGGGCAUUCCUCGUGUCUGGAGACGAGAGUGGUGUUGUGCAUGUAUGGGAUAGUCUAAGUCGGCAGUCAUUACGCACCAUCAAGCUCUUCAAAGGUAAGAUAACGGCUUUGGUACUACUUCCUCGACCGCGACACCUUUUCCGUCAAGCAAAGACACCAUUUACUUUGGAAAAUGAAGACUUAGACGACCUGUUAGCUACUCCGCUCCCUAUUGCUCCACUCAAAAAGUAUAUGAGCGCCACUAACGACAACUAG